AUGGCUACCGGUUUACCAGUACAAAUGGCCAUGAACAAUUCCCAUAAGCAAAUGAAUGGUACUAUAACGAAUCAUACAGGAAUUCCAGAAACCAAUCCUUCUAGCGUUUUGAAUGAGACAACAGCAGCUACAUGGUUAGCAAUUGGUUCCUUAGCAGAGAGCCUUGGAGACUUAGAAAAAGCCUUGGCAUCAUAUGAUGCUGCAUUGAGACAUUCACCGAAUAACCCAGAUGCACUUACAAGCUUAGCAAAUAUUUAUCGCUCGAAAGAUGUUUUUUUUAAAGCUGCGGAAUUAUAUGAACAGGCUUUAAAUUAUAAUCCUGAAAACGGUGAGACUUGGGGUUUGUUGGGCCAUUGCUACUUGAUGUUGGAUGACUUGCAAAGAGCUUAUGCUGCUUACCAAAGAGCAUUGUAUUAUUUGGAUAAUCCAAAUGUGCCGAAGCUUUGGCAUGGAAUUGGUAUCUUAUACGAUAGAUAUGGGUCUUUGGAAUAUGCUGAAGAGGCCUUCGUUAGAGUUUUGGAGUUGGAUCCAAAUUUUGAAAAGUCGAAUGAGAUUUAUUUUAGGCUAGGUAUUAUUUACAAACAUCAGGGUAAGUUACAAAAUGCGUUGGAAUGUUUUCAAUAUAUUUUAAACAAUCCUCCCCACCCAUUGACUCAACCUGAUGUGUGGUUUCAAAUCGGAUCUGUUUUGGAGCAACAAAAAGAUGGAUAUGGCGCUAAAGAAGCAUAUGAGAAAGUCUUGCAAGUAAAUCCACAACAUGCAAAGGUAUUGCAGCAGUUAGGGUGUCUUUAUUCCCAAGCGGACAUAUCUGCAUCUUCGUCUCUGAAUUCUAGUAAUCCGCCUUUUGUUCAAGAUCUCAACGUUGCUUUGAAGUAUUUGACACAAUCCUUAGAGAUUGAUCUGUCGGAUGCUCACUCGUGGUAUUACCUUGGCAGAGUUCAUAUGAUCAGAGGUGAUUUCAAUGCUGCUUAUGAGGCAUUCCAACAAGCCGUUAAUAGGGACUCAAGAAAUCCUACUUUUUGGUGCUCAAUUGGGGUUUUAUAUUACCAAAUUUCCCAAUACCGAGAUGCGUUGGAUGCUUAUACAAGAGCAAUUAGACUAAAUCCAUAUAUCAGUGAAGUUUGGUAUGACCUUGGAACCUUGUACGAGACCUGCAAUAACCAAAUCAGUGAUGCUUUGGAUGCAUACAGGCAAGCGGAAAGACUUGACCCAGAGAACCCCCAUAUUAAAGCACGUUUGGAUCAGCUCAUAAAAUACCAACAAGAGGGUAAUACGCACCCUCCAAAACCUCCUCCAGUAUCUCAACAACCUAAGUUACCACAAGGAAUGGUUUUAGAAAGUACCCAAAGUCCCCAACAGCCUCAGAUUGUUACUGGUCAACAACCGCCUCAUCAUCUUGCUCCCCCCUCUUUGCCACAGCCAGUUCAACUUCCUCCUCAGCAACCCGGUCUUAAUAUCCCAACGGCUGCACCCCCUGUACAAGUUCCUCAGAUGACAGCUGUGCCGCAGAUCAGUCCCUUGUUACAUCAGCCAUCGACAACCAAUCUCCCACCACUGACUUUCAAGCCACCUGUCUCGCCGAUGCUGAAUCACAAAGAACCGAUUGCUUCGAAGAAGACACUUAAGAAAUUAUCUGGCUCUGAGACGACGCAAACGACAGUGGUUCCAAAAGAAGGAAAAAAGGAGCAUUCGAAAGAAUACAAGGAUAAGCUGCAGGGUGAUGUGAAUAAUAAGUCUUUGACUUCGUUACAUAAGCAAACGAAUGGUAAACAUGAUUUGGAGGAUAAAAAAGAUUCGAAGACUUUAAAAAAAGGUACAGUUUCACCCAAGGUUCUAGAAGAUGAAAAAACACAAAAAACACAAAAUGCACAAGAGCAGAAAGAACAACCGCAAGGUAAUAACAAAGUUGAACCGAAGCCACAGCUGAACUCUGACUCAGUCUCGAAGAUAACCGAGGACAAAGGAGCUGAGUUAAAGGAAGAAAAAGGGGUGGACAAGACUGAAGAAUCAGAAGAAAAAAAGACCACAGAGCCCUUAGAGCCUCCAUUGAGGAAAGUCGAUGAAGAUGAAAAUUACGACGACGAUUGA